GCGAACGUGAGGAGUGCCACGACUGAGUUUGAAUUUCUCCUCGCCAGAACGGCUGGGAACGAGCCUAGUAUGCAUACAUCCACAACGACCUCGGAGAAAACCCCACUUUGGCCGAGCUGGAGAACUACAUGACGGGAAAGAGCGGGGAGAUGCCCGUCGUCCUCCGUCCAACGCCCGAGCAGUACAAACAGACAAAGAAGGAUCGCGAAUUUGAGAAACAUCAGUUUCACCUCGCGGUCGCGGGGGUAGCGGGUAGCGGGAAGUCUUCAUUUGUGAAUGCUAUCCGCGGAUUGGAGGACAACGUUGACGGGGCGGCACCCACAGGAGUCAUCGAGACGACUUAUAAAAUCGAUCGGUACCCCGAUCCCAAUGAUAAUCUCCCCUUUAUAUGGUACGACGUCCCCGGUGCUGGCACACUCUCCAUCUCCGCAGCACAGUACUUCACGGACCAGGGACUCUACGUCUUCGAUGCCAUCAUUGUACUCUUCGACGCACGCUUCACGGCCACAGACAUCGCCAUCCUCCGCCAGUGCGCGCACUGGAAGAUCCCCGCCUACAUCGUGCGAUCGAAGUCACAGACACACAUCGAGAACCUCGCCAAGGACCUAGCGCGCCGCGCGCCGAGGAACGUUGACUACGAGGACAAGGAUGACGACGAGGACAAUGAUAACGACAAAGCUAGCUUCAUGGAGCAGGCGUGAAAAAGUUACAUCAACGACACCCGUGCGAGCAUUGCGAAGAACCUGCAGGAUGCAAAGCUGCCCGAGCAGCGGGGCUAUCUUAUCGACCGCGCGACGCUGCUGCGGGUAAGGAAAGGCAAAAAGACGAAGGAAGUUAUUCAUGAAUGGGAGCUCUUGAGUGACCUCCUCGAGGAGGGACGUCGCCGGCGCGCGCAGCGAGCGCAGCGAGCAUUGACCGUAGCAUUGAAUCUUAUUACUGGUGGCACUAGUAUGUAGGCUUCC